CCGCGGCUGCAGGAAUUACGCUUCGGAAGGCUCGCUGUGCGCUGUCGCGCAGCUCGUCGGGUUGCUUUUAUUUUCGGUUGAGGCGGCGAUCAAAUGGAGUGUAAAGCCCGCGAGGUCUCGAUGCCGUCGAAGUAAUUUCUCAGAGGCAGGAAAAGAGGAGCCCUCCCCGAGCCUGCCAGAAUGAAGUACAAGAAUCUUAUGGCAAGAGCACUCUAUGACAAUGUCCCAGAAUGUGCAGAAGAGCUGGCCUUCCGCAAAGGGGACAUUUUGACAGUGAUCGAACAGAAUACCGAAGGACUGGAAGGAUGGUGGCUCUGCUCCUUACAUGGGCGGCAAGGCAUUGUCCCUGGCAACCGUGUGAAACUUCUGAUAGGCCCUGUUCAGGAGACACCCUCUUCCCAAGACACACCAAAUUCAGGAUCUGGACAUCAGCCCUUUAACCAGCAGAAGAUCUACCAAGUGCCAAGUGCACAUGCUUCUCCUCGGGAUCCAGUCUACCAAGUGCCACCUUCUUACCUGAGUCAGGGAAUCUACCAAGUACCUACAGGCCAUAGUUUUCAGGGGCAAGAUGUCUACCAGGUGCCUCCAUCUGGGCAGAGAAGUUUUGGCGGAAUGGAUGGCUCUCCUGUAAGCUGCAAGGUAGUAACUCCAGUCAGGUCAGGACAAGGUUAUGUUUACGAGUUCCCUACGAAAUACCAGAAGGAUACCUACGAUAUCCCACCAACCCGUCCUCUCCAAGGGAUCUACGAUGUCCCUCCUGCGUCGCUGAAAGGUGCUGCACAAGCACCUCAGGUGGCUGAUGUGAAAUUCCAAGGAGUAUAUGAUGUUCCCCCUGCAAAAGGAAUCUAUGCCAUUCCUCCUUCUGCGUACAGAGAUGACACAGAUUCCCAAGAACGUUUGGCCACUGAUUCGGCUGCUUGCCUAAAGCAUGAGAAGAGACCAGAAGGCGUCUAUGAUGUCCCUCCUCCCAUGGCCAAAGCAGCCGGGAAUGAAUUCAGACAGAAGUGCCUUAGUGAGCUGGCUGCCUCCUCGGACCCAACACCACACCCACAGGGCCUGUAUGAUGUGCCUGUGAGCCACCAAACCCAGUUGCUCGGGCAGCAGAUGGCUCCUCAGACAGACGUCUAUGAUACCCCCCGAGGAAUCCCGUUCCCUGGGCAGCAGCUGGGAUUUGGUGACAGCCUAAGCCCAGAAGGAAAGGAGGGCGUGUAUGAUGUGCCUCCCCAGGUCACUCAGGACACUAAAAGGUUGCAGGACGCGACUGACCGGAUGAACAGGUUGUCUUUCUCCAGCACGGGAAGCACCAGAAGCAACAUGUCCACCUCUUCCACAACUUCAAAGGAAUCUUCUUUUUCAGCCCCUCCAUCUCAGGACAAGAGGCUCAUGCUGGACCCUGACACAGCCAUUGAGAGGCUCUACUGUCAUCAGAGCACCGUGGAGUCCACUGUCUCCAGCUUAAUGGCCUUCGUCGGCCCUGACUGGAGGUCCUACGAAUAUAUGGAAAAGCACAUCAACAAGGUCCGCGCUGCCGUCGACAAGGUGGAGCAAUCCCUGGUCGACUACCUACAUUUUGCGAAAGGGGCAACAGCCAACGCGUCCUUCCUCUCUGAACUCAGCCUCUACAAUAAAAUGAGGAGGGAGCUGCAGAGGUUGGACGAUUCCCAUCAGAUUUUAACCCAGACUAGCCAUGACCUGAACAAUUGUAACUGGUCCUUGAACAUCCUGGCACUCAACAAACCCCAGAAUAAGUGCGAUGACCUGGAUAGGUUUGUUAUGGUGGCCAGGACGAUCCCAGAUGAUGCUAAACAGCUGACCACCAGCAUCAGCGUCAAUGCUGAGAUGCUCUUCAAGCAAGGACCCUACAUGAAAAAUGUCUCGGAGGGGAUUAUGCCAGCCACAGAUUAUGUGUAUGACUGUCCUCAGGCCCUGAGCUUGCAUCCUGGAGAUAAAAGCCAGGAUUCCUGCACGUCUUCACCACCGCUUCUGUCUAAAGACCAGCACUAUCAGUGCAACAGCAGCAACGGCUCAGAGAAAAGCUGGAUGGAUGAUUACGAUUACGUUCACUUGCAGGGCAAGGAAGAGUUUGAAAGGCAACAGAAGGAGCUAUUAGAGAAAGAAAAUAUCGUCAAACAGCACAAGAUGCAGCUGGAGCAUCACCAGCUCCAUCAGUUCCAGUGGCUGGAGCAAGAAAUCACAAAGCCAGUGGAAAAUGACAUCUCAAAAUGGAAGCCACCUCAAGGCCUUUACCCUGUGAACAGUCUGAUAGCCUCCCAAGAGAGGCAGCUGCUUUUGUUUUACUCGGACCAGUGCGAGACCCAUUUUGUGUCCCUCUUAAAUGCCAUUGAUGCCUUUUUCAGUUGCAUCAGUGCUGCGCAGCCCCCUCGGAUCUUCGUUGCUCAUAGCAAGUUCGUCAUCCUGAGUGCUCACAAACUGGUGUUCAUCGGGGAUACCCUGACAAGGCAGUUGACAACUCAGGAAAUACGGAAUAGUAUAAUGAACUCCAGCAACCAGCUCUGCGAGCUGCUCAAAAGCAUCGUCAUGUCAACCAAGAUGGCAGCCUUGAAUUAUCCCAGCACAGCAUCCUUGCAAGACAUGGUGGACCGAGUGACAGACCUCUCUCACUAUGCACAGUUGUUCAAACGCUCUUUGGUACAAAUGGCAUCUUACUGAGGUGCACAAAAUAGACUCCAACCAGUGCGGAAGGGUUCGUUCAUAAGAACUGGAAAUGUUUUCUAUAUUGUUUUUUAAAAUCCAUAAAAUGUAAACAGAAUAAUUUCGUAGAUGUUUUAUAUUAAAUAUUUUAAAUUCAUUUUUAUGGAUUAGAAAUUAUAAAGGGUUUCAGCAAUCUCAACCAGUUCCUUUUAUCAGUUCAAAUAUGCAUAUAUAAAUAUGAAAUGAUACUCUGUGUAUGUGUAUAUGUAUAUAUUGCAACAUUCCAUAAGUCCACUAAGUAAUAAGCACCUUAACAAAAGCAUCAGUCAAUUUUGUGGUGUAGAUAUGGUCUAGAUUGUUCAGGUUAUGCAUUAACCAGAUACCUUACUUCUGCCUUUUGAGGGUUAUAAUGUAUAUUUUAUUUUAGCUUAAUUAUGUUAAUACAAACAAUGUUGAAAAGGCUCUGGCAAUUCCUAAAGAAAAUAUUAUUGUUUCCUUCCCCACACAAGCCCUACUUGGCACAUGUUGCUACUAAAUAAACUGUACCCUCUUA